CCAAACGCAGCCAAAAAUGGACCGCGUUCCAUAUUUUGCGAAGCGUCUGUAGUCCUAAGUGAACUACGUUCGUAUCUGAGCGACGUCGCGACCAUUGCGGUGACGAUAAUCUAUCUAGUGGCGCGUCAAUAGCGUAUAUCAUUCCUUAUCGCUUUUGUACGCGUAGUACUCAGAAACACUGCGGCACACAGAGCCACUGUGAGUAGUGUCAAAAUGGCGGCGUGCGAAGGUUCUGCGAGUGCAAAUCCGAAUUGCGAGGUGGUGCGCGGACAAACAUUCGAGGUCGGUCCGCGCUACACAAAUCUGUCAUACAUGGGCGAAGGCGCCUACGGCAUGGUCGUGUCUGCCUAUGAUAAUGUAACCAAAACAAAAGUAGCUAUUAAAAAAAUUUCUCCGUUCGAACAUCAAACAUAUAGCCAGAGAACUUUAAGAGAAAUAAAAAUUCUUACGAGGUUUAAACACGAGAAUAUAAUAGAUAUAAGGGAUAUACUAAGAGCGCCUACUAUAGAGCAAAUGAAAGACGUAUAUAUCGUUCAAUGUUUAAUGGAAACUGAUCUCUACAAAUUAUUGAAGACUCAGGCUAUUAGUAACGAUCACAUAUGUUACUUUCUGUAUCAAAUAUUACGAGGGUUGAAAUACAUACACUCGGCAAAUGUGCUACAUAGAGAUUUGAAACCCAGUAAUUUAUUAUUGAAUACCACUUGUGACCUUAAGAUCUGCGACUUUGGUUUAGCGAGAGUCGCAGACCCCGAGCACAAUCAUGCGGGUUUUCUUACGGAAUAUGUGGCAACAAGAUGGUACAGAGCUCCAGAAAUUAUGCUUAAUUCUAAGGGCUACACUAAGUCCAUAGACAUUUGGUCGGUUGGUUGCAUCUUAGCGGAAAUGCUCUCGAGACGAGCGAUAUUCCCCGGCAAGCAUUAUCUAGACCAAUUAAAUCAUAUUCUCGGUGUUCUUGGCUCACCUUCUCCGGAGGAUCUCGAAUGUAUUAUAAAUGAAAAAGCACGUAAUUACCUACAAUCUUUGCCUUAUAAGCCAAAAGUACCGUGGACAAGUCUAUUUCCUAAUGCUGAUCCGAGAGCUUUGGACCUUUUAGAUAAAAUGCUGACAUUUAAUCCCAAUAAACGCAUCAUAGUGGAAGAUGCACUUGCGCAUCCUUAUUUGGAGCAAUAUUACGAUCCUGCCGAUGAGCCUGUGGCGGAGGAACCGUUUAAAUUUGACAUGGAGUUAGAUGAUCUUCCGAAAGAAGUAUUGAAACAAUAUAUUUUUGAUGAGACCAUACUGUUCCAAAAUCGUCAAGAAAACACUAUGUAGUCAACUGAUAAUUAUUAAUACGCCUCUGUUAAUUCUUGUUAUUCGACGAUGUGUCAAUAAUUAAAUCCUGUUUCUUUGUUUUCUUUAUCAGGCAUAUCGUUGUCGAAAUUGCGAUAGUAAAUAUGCGUGAUAAGCAAAAUGCUAAAAAGAGAUAAAAAUAGAAAAAAAGAAAACUACGACAGAAUAAGCAAAACAGCGAAAUCGAUGUAAAGAAAAACAUUUCAGCGAUCGUUUCAUCACUCUAAUAAUUCUUAAGCCCCUGGAGAAACAAAAGUAUGCUAGGAUAUCGACAAAAAAUUAGUUAAGCGAAGUUAAUGAACGAUUAAUCAGUUGAUUAAUUGGACGAAAAAAACGACCGCAGUGACCGCGUAUAUGUUUGUACACUCGCAUAUUCUUACUGAAAA